AUGGGAGACAGUGACGUGACACCCUCCACCAUGGGAGACAGUGAUGUGACACCCUCCACCAUGGGAGAUAGUGACGUGACACCCUCCACCAUGGGAGACAGUGAUGUGACACUCUCCACCAUGGGAGAUAGUGACGUGACACCCUCCACCAUGGGAGACAGUGACGUGACACCCUCCACCAUGGGAGACAGUGACGUGACACCCUCCACCAUGGGAGACAGUGACGUGACACCCUCUACCAUGGGAGACAGUGACGUGACACCCUCCACCAUGGGAGACAGUGACGUGACACCCUCCACCAUGGGAGACAGUGACGUGACACCCUCCACCAUGGGAGACAGUGACGUGACACCCUCCACCAUGGGAGACAGUGACGUGACACCCUCCACCAUGGGAGACAGUGACGUGACACCCUCCACCAUGGGAGACAGUGACGUGACACCCUCCACCAUGGGAGACAGUGACGUGACACCCUCCACCAUGGGAGACAGUGACGUGACACCCUCCACCAUGGGAGACAGUGAUGUGACACACCCUCCACCAUGGGAGACAGUGACGUGA